GAUGGCGGCGACACGGUCGGAGUGUUAUUGCCAGUGGACAUAAAAAAAGGCUUUUUAUUCAAAAUAGAACCCCGACUUAAACAUUUGUACACACUCGAUUAUACCGCGUGUGCCAUAUUCCCCCCAGUGUGGAGCUUGGAUCAGUGUUGGGACGGCAAGUUUCAGUGUAGUUUCUCCACCAACAUGUUCCCGUCCUAGCAGCUCAGCAGCCUAGCAGAGCCGCGCGGAGCCGCAGAGACGCGGGGGAUAUGGGAGAAAAGCUGGAGCUCAAGCUCAAGUCGCCGGUCGGAGCAGAGCCUGCUGGCUACCCCUGGCCGCUGCCGGUAUACGAUAAACACCAUGAUGCUGCUCAUGAAAUCAUCGAGACCAUUCGGUGGGUGUGUGAGGAAAUCCCAGACCUCAAACUGGCAAUGGAAAAUUACGUACUCAUUGACUAUGACACCAAGAGCUUUGAGAGCAUGCAGAGACUUUGUGACAAGUACAACAGGGCUAUUGACAGCAUCCACCAGCUGUGGAAGGGGACCACCCAGCCCAUGAAGCUUAACAAGCGUCCUUCCAACGGGCUUCUGAGACAUAUCCUACAGCAAGUGUACAACCACUCGGUGACUGAUCCAGAGAAGCUGAAUAACUAUGAACCCUUCUCCCCUGAGGUUUAUGGAGAGACUUCUUUUGACCUGGUUGCUCAGAUCAUUGACGAGAUGGAAAUGAUGGAAGAUGACACUUUCGUUGACCUUGGCAGUGGAGUGGGGCAGGUGGUGCUACAGGUUGCAGCAGCAACCAACUGUAAACACUACUAUGGUGUAGAGAAAGCAGACAUUCCAGCUACCUAUGCAGAGAGUAUGGACAAAGAGUUUAAAAAAUGGAUGAAAUGGUAUGGCAAGAAACAUGGGGAAUACACACUGGAGAGAGGGGAUUUUCUGUCGGAAGAAUGGAAAGAAAGGAUCGCCAAUACGAGUAUUAUUUUUGUGAAUAACUUUGCCUUUGGUCCAGAAGUAGAUCAUCAGUUGAAGGAACGCUUCGCUAACAUGAAGGAAGGGGGGAAAAUUGUAUCCUCAAAACCUUUUGCACCUUUAAAUUUUCGAAUCAACAGUCGAAACUUGAGCGAUAUUGGCACAAUAAUGCGUGUGGUGGAGCUUUCACCACUGAGGGGCUCCGUAUCAUGGACUGGGAAGCCGGUGUCCUACUACCUGCAUACCAUAGACCGCACCAUACUUGAAAACUAUUUUGCUAGUCUUAAAAAUCCUAAACUCAGGGAGGAACAAGAGGCAGCUAGGCGACGAGGCCAGAAGGAAACAAAGGACAGUAAAAGCAACAGCACGACCCCAACUAAACCUAAGGAACAGAACAAGCAGGAUUCCUGUGGUGAGGAGGAGCAUCCUAGCUUGGUGACAGUGGUCAAGCCGUCAGCCAAACCCAGAAGAACCCGUCUUUUGUCCAAAAGUCGCAAGAUUAACAAUAAGAAACGAGGUCGACCCAAGAAAGCUGUCCCUGCUGCUGAGAAGAACAAGAAGAAUCAGAGUGCAUUGGAUCUGCUGCAUGCCAAGACCCUUUCUGCGGCACCACCUCAGGAUGCAUACCGGCCACCUCAGAGUUCCUUCUACCAGCUACCUCCCAAGGUCCAGCACUAUACGCCUGGUCAACUGCUGCUGAGCCCAACUCCUCCUGGUCUGCAACAACUGCUAGAUAACAUCAAAGUCCAAUACCUCCAGUUCAUGGCCUACAUGAAGACUCCUCAGUAUCGCACCAACAUCCAGCAACUUUUAGAGCAGGAGAAGCAAAAACACAGAGACUUAUCAGGACAGGCUGAGCAGCUCCAUUCGCUCUGUCAGUCUCAUAAGGACAAGAUCAAAGGUCUCUUUCAGACUAAACUGGAUGAGCUUGGAGUAAAAGCUCUGACGGUAGAAGACCUUCUUCAGGCACAGAAAGAGAUAUCAGCCCACAAUCGUCAGCUGAAGGAGCAGACUAAGCAGCUUGAGAGAGACAUGGCCUUGCUGAGAGAUCAUAGUCUGCUACUGCUGAAGUCCAGAUGUGAAGAGCUGAAGCUAGAUUGGGGCUCUCUGUGUCUGGAGAGUUUGUUGAAGGAGAAGCAGGCACUGCGCAGGCAGAUCUCUGAGAAACAGAAGCACUGCUUAGAGUUGCAGAUCAGCAUUGUGGAGCUGGAGAAAAGUCAAAGGCAACAGGAGCUGCUUCAGCUCAAGUCCUACAGCCCCUGUGAGGGCUCUCCGUACAGAAGGAGUCUGGACUCACGCACUUCCACAGACAUGGACACCUUUAAGCUCGGCCUGUCCUCCGCCCCAGCUCUCAAUGGUGUUAGUUCCGAGCUUUCAGUCAAUGGCACCAACUCUCCUUGUUUUGAUUCAGCUAAUACAAAAGGUGAGCUUUCUCGCUACCUGCCCAUCUCUCCAGAUCAUGAGAUUGUGGUUGGCACUCCUGAUUCUCGUCAGAGACAGCAAAGCUCCUCACACCCUCUUCCUGACUACACACGUUUCUCCCCUGCCAAAAUUGCCUUGAGAAGGCACCUCAACCAAGAUCCCACCGCCUCUGCUCACUUGAGAGGUCCGGGGCUGACCACACACAGGGAAGUGGGGGGUGUUAACUCUCCACUUGGGGCCAAGCAAAACUGUUCCUCUCCCAAUACAUCUGAUGCUCAGAUCAAUCCCAAAAGCUCGGAUAGGGUUGCUAAGGAGAGGAGUCCAUCUGUUCAGGGUGACAACAUCACAAGCCUUCCAAUCAGCAUCCCUCUGAGCACUGUCCACCCAAACAAGUUACCAGUAAGCAUCCCACUGGCCAGUGUUGUGCUUCCCAGCCGUGCUGAGAGACUGAGAAACACUCCAAGUCCUGUAUCUCAGGGAGGGCAGAGCAAUGGAUGUUCAUCUGGCUCAGGGCUAAUGAAUGGAUGUCUCCACCCAGAGGAGUACAAUGGUGCUUUAUCCCCUUCUCCAAACAGCAACACUCCUUUGACAGGAGCGUUGGGUCGAGGAGGUCCUACCCAGAGCCCCCCGACCAGCACAGGAGGGGUGCUCCAGUAUGCUGACGGGCCUCCAAGAAUUCUUUCAGAAGAUGGACCAGACCGUCAAGAAGAGGAAACGGACACAGAGCCACAGGACAGUGAACUGAGGCGGAGAAUGUUCUUCUCUUCUUCCUCGUCAUCCUCGUCUUCCUCUUCUUCCGCCUGCGGAGGCGGCCUGGCCGGUGGAUCACGCCUUCAUCAUCACACUGGCAGCUCAGCCAAGCAGGGAUACCACAGUAACCACGGAAACCAUGGAAACCAUCACCAGUCCCCCGGCACGCACCACACACACACACCUACACACACGUCGUCAUCGCACUCAUCCCACAGCUUCAACUGUCAAGAGGCGCGGAAGCGGGGGAGAAGGAAACGCAGCUCUGCAGGCUCCGUCAUGGCCAGCGGAUCCCCGAAAAGGAGAUCCUUCCCUGGGCUCAGCUCCGGCAACCACUCCUCAGGAUCACCACUAAACAUUAACUCCAUGGUAAACAACAUCAAUCAGCCUCUGGAGAUCUCUGCCAUCUCUUCCCCAGAACAAUCGAGUCGUAGCCCCAACGGUCCUGACCUGGACCAGCCCCCCAUCUUGAAGAGGGAAUGCCCUCUUGAGCUCAACGGCUCUGGUCGAUAUUCAACAGCUCCCAGCUCCGAUGAUGAGGACUCAGGGUGUCCGGCUGACAGCUCUAGUUCUCGAAUUGAAAGAAAAAUAGCAACUAUAUCUUUAGAGAACAGAGAUGGGCCGGGCAGAGUAGGUGACGGUGAACGAGGUAGAAAAUCUGGAAGCAGCAGUGGCAACAGCACGGGCAGUGAAGGCUCCUCGUCAUCAUCCCUGUCCUCUACAAGCAAGUGGAAAUCUACCUUUUCACCGAUUUCUGAUCCCAAACAACCCAACUCAGACCAUAGACAGGGGGGCUCCCCGUUUGGCAUGGGGGGGUCGAGUCGGGGCACAGACUCAGAUUCAGACCACAAACAGCAGGGAAGGAAAGGGAGUGAUGGGGAGUCAUCCGGCUACGUGACCCCCAACCCUUUCCUCAGUCAAGAGGCAGGGACGCGUGGUGGAGUCAGUGGGGCCGGCGGCGUCCCGGGGGGGAGCGGUUCAGACCAACGUCAAGCCCUCCAGAAGCAGAAGAGUUCUCGGGACUGGGAGCUGAAGACCAGCAGUAGCAUGGCCAGUCAGAAUCUCUUCAUUUCUGCUGCCGCCAGCAGCGGAGGGGGCAUUCUCAGUGGGAAGGUGGGAGGCAAUCCUGUAGCAGUUUCCUCAGCCACCGGGUCAUCUGUGGGACAGUACCGGGGGUCUCAGUUCACCCUAGGAGGAACUUCAGUCUUACAAUCCUUGUUCGGAGCACAGACCGGUGUCUCCACUGUUAGUGGGACCUCCAGACUUGUCAAUGGACAUUCUGCCCUGGGAAGCUUCUCCAGUGCUGGGCUGGCAGGGGGAGCAGCGGGAGACUUGCUUGGCGCUGUGCACAACCUGGCUCAGUCCUUGCUUCUCUCUUUGUCCCCCUCUCCCUGCUCUCUUUGCUGCUAUCAUCUGCUCUCUCUUUCUCUGUGUCCCCCUUCUUGCCCUCCCCCCUUCCUCCAUUUCUGCUGUAUGAUUUGCAGGUAUAUUUCACCACAUGGUUCCAUCAGUGUCCUCCCAUCAGUUUGGGGCAGCGCUGCCCACCUCAGGAGGCCUCAGCUCUCUGCUCGGUCUCUCCUCGUCUUCCUCUGCUUCCUCCCACACCCAGCACAGCACCGCUCCUCAGCCGGCCUCCACGCGCCUCACCUCCGUGUCAUCACCGCUCCCCCUGUCCCAGACCCAACACAGCCGCACCCAGUCAGUCCUCCACAGCGCCUCUCCUCCCACGCUCUCCCUGCCCCCUCCGCCCCCCCUGCACACCGUCCCUCCCUCCUCAGCGACCACACACUCCGAGGCCCCGGGAUCCUCCCGAUCAGACUCGCUCCACUCUUUACGCCUGUCCCAAUCCUCUCUCCACCACCACCAGAGAGCACAAUCAUCUCUCUCACUCUCCAUCUCCACCUGUUCAUCCUCAGCUUCUACCGCUGCUGCUGCUUCCGCGUCCCUCUCCUCUUCGUCUCUGUCAGCCUCGUCCUCGUCUCGUCCAUUCGCAGUGCACUACUCCCCCCGGCUGAGCCCCCCGCCACCUGCCAGCAGUUCAGGUGGCGGCGGGAGCAUGUGGAGGACUCAGGGCAUGCAUGGUUCCCACGCCAGCUCCCAGCUCCCCGGCUCCCGACCUAGAUAGAGCUCGGGUAGGUGGGGAGUGCUGGGGGGGGGGGUGGAUAGAUAGACUGAGAGAGAGAGAGAGAUGGUGAGAGAGAUGGGCAGCUCGUUUUCCUGUUCUUCUACAAGCCGCUUGUUCUGAUUGAACAAGGUAAGAUGAUUCUCAAAGUUGAGCCGGGCUGGAAGACGAGUUAAGAUAUUGAACUGUUGCACAGCGAACUUGGUUUUUUGCCUUGUUGAGUGUCUGUACGCGGUAGAGCCACUCAGUGUCUUUCUGUCUUUUUAAUGUAGGUAAUUGAUGAAAACUACCUCGUCAUUAAAUAAACUAAGCAAAAGUCCAGGUGUGGACCAAGGCACUCUCCUCAUCCACCGGUGCUUCAAACAGUCUGCACUACCCGACCGCCUCCAAGACCGGCUUCUGUACUGGGAUAUUUGACACACAGACUCACUCACACCCACACAUGCACACACUCACACUAAUCACCACUAUGGUCACCUUGAGCAGAAUUCAAAGGUACUGGGCAUGUUUAUGUGGUGUGGAACAAAAUCAAGUCUGCAGAUUUAACAAUCUGAGAAUCGGAUCUGAAUGAACUGAAUUAUUGUAUCCGUUUUUAAUUUUAAGGAACUCAUCAAUGACGGGUAAUUUCCUUGUUUUACUCAUGAUUAUAUCUACUACCCCUUGUGAAAUUGAAAUAGAAAUGUUAAAUGUAUUAUUAGAUAAGACAGAAAGGCAUAGACAAGGUUAUUUGCGCUGUAUCUCACAUGUUUAGAAAGUUCUCCUUUAUGAGUGUCUGUAUGCCAGAACUAAUACAUAAUGCACCACCAGUUCAUUGAAUUCUGCUCACAUGCCAUGCAACCUUGCCUCUCUGCAUGUAUCCUCUUAUCGCUGUUUACUUCCCUCAGUGAAAUUCAAUAUUUGUUACAACAUAUUUGACUAUGAAAUGUGAUGAAUUUUUCAUCCAACUUCACACUGGAUAGUACGAUGCAGUUACUCCGGCAACACAAGAUGUAUGAGCUCUGACUGGUUAAGUUGAUCUGCCUUGUUAUGACAUAAAUUGAAGUAAAUCAAUACUUUGACUUCAUAGUUUUUCUAAAAAGUCAAAGUUUAUUCUAAAAUAAACUCCAUAGUUACAAAUAAGACAGUUACUCAUGUUAAUCCUGUUCUUGAAAUGAGGAGCACCUUUCUGCUAAUAUCAGAUAUUUAACUUAUGAGUGAAAAUACUUCCUUUCUGUGUGUUGUGGCAGUCCUCUCGGAUCCGGCACAUUUCUGCAUUUAAAUUAUUGAACCAAAGGAUGAAAAAUGUGGAAUAAUAUCUGCAAAUAUUCCAUAAUUUCAGAGUGCUUCUAUUUCAACUUAAUCUUCUCUCAGCAGUGCUGGGUACAUUUUCAUCUUCAAAAAUGAAAUAAGAUGAAACUGAAUGAGAUGGUGCUCCGUGGAGACCUCGUCAGCUGUUCUCUACUAGCAAACACCCAUUGUUCUCAGAGUGGUUGUGGUUAUGCUUUUGUUAAAAUCUGAGUAAAGCAAAAAUAAAUAUACUCUCAUUCACAUCGCUGAAAAAUGUGUUCUUAAUAACCUAGACAAGUUUGACUCAAUAAAUCUGUCGCCAAGUGUACGAAAUGAAAUGGUAUUGAAAUAUUGAGUGUAUGCUGAGUGACAGAUCUCAGAAAAGCUUAAAUGAAUUGCACCAAUAGGGGGGAAUAUUGCUGUGGUAAGCUGUUUGCAGGGAUAUAUUUGGUAAUUCUGUGUCUAUUUUUGUUUAACCUCCUAAGACCUGGUGUGUAUGUGGACAUCGCCCGUUUUAUCUGUCAUAGUAUUUAAUUUAUUAACGGGGGCCCAAAGCAGCAAGAAAAAACAAAUGCACCAACUCUUAGGAGGUUAAACUAGGAGGUGGAAAAAAAAAAAAAAAAAACAAGCCGGUGCUAAUGAUGAUCGCUCUACAUCAACAUGGCUUUGUACAAAAAUCAACCCACCUAACCUCAACUGACCAUAGUUACUAAUAACCAGGGUAUACUUUGUAUCGACGGGGCCGUCUAAUGUCUGGUGUGACAUAUCCUCUUCGCAAAAUAAAUCCAUGGCGUGCCACACAACAAUCACAUGCCCAUAUACUCACCUGACAAAUGCUAUGCCAGACCAAUAACUUUUCCUUUCCAUCCACGCAGCAUAAUUGGGAUUCUUUUAGCAGGUUUGUAGUCCCGAUAGCACGCGGCAAGUUUACUCUUCACAGUAUAAACCCAAGUUUAGUAACCUAAGCUUUGUGAAUUCUGGCGUCCAGGGAAGAUAAGUUUCUUUGUUGAUAGCGUCACAGAAACAGGUACAUGGUGGCGUUGUCAUCUGAGACUGAGUGCAGCAUGAGAGGCUUAUUUGCAGCAUGACGUUAUUUACAGCUUUUAAGCAGCAAUUGUGUAAUAUUUUCUGAAGUGUUUUCAUAAAGUUUGCUUUACUCAGACUUUACGGGGUUACCGAACAGCUGAAAAGAGGCCUUAAAGUAAGAGUAAAAGAGUAUCUAGCCUAUGUAUUUAUUAAGAUUUUUCUUCUUAGUUUGGAAAGUCACACUACUAUUUGCAAUAUUCUUGCAUAAGGAAUUUUAAACUUGUCUUAAGCUCAAUUUAGUCCUAUUUAUAUUUGCUUAUGUUAAAUGCUGAUUUAAGCAAUUGUGGAGUUUACUGCAUUUAGUUGAUACAAAUGCACACAUACGGUCAAACAUGCAAAUUCUCACACUGGGAAAACAUACCUAACCACAACCACAUGAAACUACUGGACUCAUCAAUUAUUUGCUUUUUAAGUGUGUAAUAUGUUUUUGUAAACCAUGUUUGUACUGUGAAUGUGAUUCAUUCUCUGACUGUAUAGUUGUGUAUAGAGUAUUAUAUUUAUGCUGUCAGUCUUUCCAUUUGCCUUGGUAAAUUGUUUUCACUUAAAAAAAAAAAAAAAAAAAAAAAAAAAAAAUCCCGAUUUGUGUUGACACAGUAGAGCUCAGUUAUGUGUGUACUUGACUCAGUCUGAAAACAGUGGUGCUACGUUUGGACUGUGCCUGAUCUUAUUUAUUCUGAAAUGAAAACAUAAAAACUUUUUUUUUUUUUUUUUUUUGAAUACUUGGUGCUGUACACAGGGACAUAUGUAAAGCCAUUUUUUUGGCUCCUUUCUCAUAUUUAAUGUGCUAUCAUUUCUUUUGCCUAGUGUACAACUGUAGCCACCUUCCGAUGAAAAUGCUCUGAGUCGGAGUGAAAAUUAGGGCCUCUUGAUGUUUUUCACAUAGUUUUACACAAAAGAAAAACAACAAACCCGCUCGCUUUGCUCCAAGGUGAGCCGCCCAUCUCUUAGUGAUCAAAAUGCACAGGUUGUUGCUGCAAGUCUCCAUUAACAAAUUUGUAUAAAAUAUGUAUCUUUACAGUAUCUAUAUAAAGUAUAAAAAGAAUAUAUCUAUCUAUAUAUAUAAAUAAAUAUUUUAUAAACAAAAAUGCAGAUAUAGGAGGUAUAGGGUGUUUCGGUGCUCCCAUUGUGACCCUUAAAUCUAGCCUGUUCAACAGGAGGCUUGAAGCCGAGCAGAGCAAACGCAUUUCCACCACAGGACCUUAAUAGACGGCGCCUAAGAACGCGGCGGCACAGCUGCAGCUCAAUCUCUGUGAUGUACACCAACCCGAACUCGAGACUCAACUCUUUAUAUUUAACACACGCAGGUGCUGUGGCUUGAACACAACUAGAUUCCAGCACUCUUAACUGUUAUCCUUUUAUCUGUUUUUUUUUUUUCUUUUUCUUUUUAUUGUUUUUAAAUCAAGCCAGAUUCUGCUGGGAAAAAAUGGUGCUUCUGUUUCCAGAUAACAUCAAAACGUUUUUACAAACUAGAUCUUUACUGGUGCAUUCAGAGCUUUGUCGGCAUCCUCUCACACUGUCACAAAAACGAGACUGUACCUUGUCGUCAUGAGCGUGUUGUGUCAUUUCUCUGAGCAUGCUAAUGUAGGACAUGUAUUCUAGUGCGUGUGGCUGAGGGCAGCAGAAAAGCUUCCUUUUAGUGGGGGUAUACUUCUGUUGUGUGUGUGUGUGUGUGUGUGCGUGUGCGUGCACCCCCUCCCCGGCUGCCAGUGCAUAUCUAAGGGAAGGCUAGACAAAUAAUGAAAGCUUUAUUGUAAAAGUCCCUGUCCUGUGCACUCCCUCCGUGUUCAGUGAAAAGAAGAUAUUCAUUUUAGGAUGUAAUUAGACUGCUUUGUUACCAGCACUGAGAGGUAUUUUGUAAUUAUUGUUGAAGCUGUUUUGAUUUUCUUAUCCCUGGUGUUUGAUACAAUUGCAAUUACAUUUAUGCCUUUUAUUGUGUCCUCAGAUUCUUGUCAGUUUUUAAUACUACUAGUCGGACCGACAGCACGGUGCUAUCCUUCACUUAAAACAAGGAAAUCGCAGCUAUUGAUAAAAAUACAAUUCUUCUCCUUUUUUGUGCUGUUUUCCGGGUUAAUAAUCUUCACCAUGAGCUUUCCUGGUGGCUUUUGUGAAGGUCCAGUCAAACUCUUGGGACUUCGACCCGUGAAAGAGGUCAGAGCGGUGUAUGUGCAAGUAAGAGUUGUUUUUGGAGAGGGCAGUGGUGUUUUAUUUAUAGAUUUCAGUCAGUUUCAUAGUUGCAUUCAAAAGGAUCCUUUGGGGUGUGAUUUGAAUUUAAAGCUUCUAUGCAGUUCUCCAGCAUACUCCAUCCUGGUGCAUUAUUGGUAGAUAAUGUUUGAGAGAUUUGCAGUCAAGGCUGUUUACUUAAAAUCCUGCCAAAGGUCUUAACUCAGGAAACUCUCAGAUUGCUUGAAAUGAUGCUAACGAUUUUCUAUAAACUGCUGCACGUCACCCUUAUUUAGUCCCUCUAAAAACAAGCAGGCAAACAAACAAACAAAAAACAACUCAGGACCAAGACCGCACCCCUCAGUAAGCAUAUUGGAAGGUAAAAGAAAAGGUCAACUGCCCUGUCCAACCUCCUCAGAUGGAUUCCUACCGGCACAUACACCCCACCUCUUCAGGGGAGUCGAGCUUUGGGUCAGUGACGAUGCUAAAGUUGGCUUUUGAUUCACAGCUUCCACUUCAGCAGAAAGCAAAAAAAAAAGGCAUUCAGCUGGUUUUUAGAGCAGUGAGCCCACCUUAAAUCACACUCGCUUCACACAUGACAACACUGAGUGCUCAAACUUGUGUUAUAUUACCUUUUUAUAAUAUAAAGAUUAAAUGAAACACUUUGAUUUUUUUUUAAUAUUAUUUCUGUUUGUUAAAAAUGUGAAGAAAAAAAAGGACCAUUUCUGGCAGUUUAACACCUUAGACCAGAUCCAGAAUUAAGUCAAUAAAGGUUGUAUAUAUCACAAAGUUGGUUGAGAACUAAGUUGAUCUUGCUGCAGGAAAAUUGCUUUUGUGUGCAUCUUCACAAAUGGGAAACAGUUUUGCUGAUUACUGCUGUCUUUGCUACCGAAGAGACUGUUUGAACAGCAAACUUUAGUUUUCCUGCUCACGGAUAAUUAAUACUAAUAUUUCUUUUUUUUUUUGCACCAUUGACAACAUAUCUGGUUUUACCAGUAUAAGUGUUAGUUGUUGAACUGGUCCUGGUAUACGGAGGUCUCAAUGCUCUAAAAAGCAAUGAAACAGCCCCUUUUGCCUUCUGUUGAAUCGAAAGCUAACUUCAGUGCCGUGAGCCAGUGUGAUCUCAAAAAGCUGUGAAAUGGCUUCGGCUUUCAGCAUCUUCCUCAUCACACAAAUGCCUCUGUCUCGAUCUGUGUCAUUAAGCAGGAGGUUCAGGUCCUUUGUCCGGAUCCCCUUAACUCCACCUGUUCAGAGGGUGCUGGGACUGAUGGUGAAGGACACAUGUGAUCUACAGUGUGUGUAAUCUCUGACUGGUGAAGCCAGGGCAGGUUUGAGGUGCAAUAAUGGCAAACCUACUUUCCAAAAGACCCUGGGUUUUCAUGGAAAAAUUAUUACCAUUUGAUGUUGGUGCUUUAUCCUAAGAUGUUAUAACAAAACAAAUGGAAAUGAAUUUUUUUCUGCAUUUGAUUAUUAAUAAAAAUGUUUUGUAUGAUA